AUGAUCAAUCGAAGGUACUCGAUUGAUCAGCGUUCUACCUAUGAUGAUUUUUCAAAUGAAAGUUUAAUGGAUGAAGAAGAAGAUAAGGAUACUGUCAUGAGUUUAAAUGAAGAAAAUACUAUUUAG